GCUGGGGAGAGGAAAACCUGCAUAACAACGAAAGAAAUUCAGGACUUAAAAGAAAUGAGUCAAACAUCCCUGAAACAGAAAAAGAAGGUUUCUAAUGCUCCUGAGAUUAAUUAAUAAACAUUCUUUGUUUCCAUAUUAAGAAUGAGACUGGAUCGAGGAACUCAAAAGACAGCUUAGACACAGAGAAAAGAAAAGAUUCUGAGAAAUCAGGAGUUCGUCUGAGCACUCAGAUGAGGCGUGCAGUCAAUCCGAAUCACUUGCUGAGAUGUUGCCCCAUGCGAGGUCACUCGUCGUGUAGACGCUGCCUUUGUGCAGCUGAGGGAACAGUACCUCUUGGCCCCUGCCGCACAAUACGUAUUUAUAUUCACAUGUGCCUGUUGUGGGAGCAGGGCCGGCAGAUCACCAUGAUCAGGGGAUCACAGGAAUUAUCAUUGCCAAAGACUGAUUCCCGGGGGUACGUUGUGCGAAAUCAGUGGUCCCGAACUUCACGGAGUCCAUCCACCAGAGCUCCAUCAGUAGAAGAACCCAGAAGCAAGAACACCAGUCUUAAGCUCCCCAGUAGCUCCACAACCUCCCGGACUUCAUCCACCUCCCCCAGCCAGCAAGAGUCCCUGAAGCAGCUGUCAGAGGAGCCCUCGCCGCCCACACCACCUUUGCCUUCCACUCCACCUAUGCCUCUGGACUCGCAUCCCCCCACCCCGCCGGAGCCCUUUAGCUCCUCCAGGCGCAGCACCAAGAUGCACGAGAAUCCUGAAGCCUGGGCACAUGGCAUCGUGCGGGAAAUCCGGGACUCCCGGGACUCCAUGCCGCAGAGAGAUUACCCGCGCACACCCCCCACUGAAUGGAAGGCCUAUACCCAGCGCAGAUCAACCUACUCUUCCCAGCUAGAUCAGGACUGUCUGUCAGAACUGCCCCGGCAGCAUCACCAACGCGAGGAAGAGGAGGACGAGGACGAAGCCUACUGGGCCUCGGUGAAAACUCUGUAUGAGAAGAUCCCCAGCUGCUCCCGCCCCCGACCGCCCAAACCCAAGAAUGCCAUCACCAUCGCUGUGUCAUCCCGGGCGCUUUUCAACAUGGUGGACGGGAGAAAAAUCUACGAGGAGGAGGGUCUAGAAAAGUACAUGGAAUAUCAACUCAACAACGAAAAUGUCAUCCUGACCCCAGGACCCGCCUUCCGCUUUGUUAAGGCACUGCAGCAUGUCAAUGCUAGACUCCGUGAGCUGUAUCCUAGUGAACAGGACUUAUUUGAUAUUGUACUGAUGACUAAUAACCAUGCCCAAGUGGGAGUGCGGCUUAUAAACAGCGUCAAUCACUAUGGCUUAUUAAUUGACCGCUUCUGUCUGACUGGUGGAAAAAGCCCCAUUGGCUAUUUGAAGGCAUAUCUUACCAACUUGUAUCUUUCUGCAGAUUCUGAAAAAGUACAAGAAGCAAUACAAGAAGGCAUUGCCUCUGCAACAAUGUUUGAUGGAGCCAAAGACAUGGCUUACUGUGACACACAGCUCCGUGUGGCCUUUGAUGGGGACGCCGUACUGUUCUCUGAUGAAUCUGAACAUAUUGCCAAGGAGCACGGGCUGGACAAAUUCUUUCAACAUGAAACACUAUUUGAGAAUAAGCCUCUUGCUCAGGGUCCCUUAAAAGGCUUUCUGGAAGAUUUAGGCAGACUGCAAAAGAAGUUUUAUGCCAAAGACGAACGGUUACUUUGCCCUAUCAGGACCUACCUGGUUACAGCCAGGAGUGCAGCCAGUUCAGGCGCCCGAGUGCUGAAAACCCUUCGCCGCUGGGGUCUAGAGAUAGACGAAGCUCUUUUCCUUGCUGGAGCCCCCAAGGGUCCUAUUUUGGUGAAGAUAAGGCCGCACAUUUUCUUUGAUGACCACAUGUUCCACAUUGAAGGGGCACAGAAGUUUGGCACCAUCACAGCUCAUGUACCUUAUGGCAUUAAUCAAAAAAUGAACAAUUAGGGAUGGGGAGGAGAAAUAAAGCAGUAAGUCCGGUAUUACAGAAGCCACUUCUUGUGGAUCUCUAGGGUAAUUAGACAGGUACUUCAGAAGACUGGACCAGAACUUAGUUCAUUUGGAAAGAUUUCCUCUGUUUUUGUUGUUGUUGUUUUGUUUUGUUUUUGUUUAACAUUUUGAACCCUUCAAACUUCUUCUUGGAGCUCUCAGUACUGUUGAACACCAGUGCCCCUACCCUUGUGUGUAAGUCAUACUGAUGACUCCUUAGGGUAAGUUUAGAAUUAGAAUGUUUGAAUGCUGAAAGGGCCAAAGCCCAGUAAGUUUUACAAAGCAUUGUUCAUUUUUGGAUGUUAGUAAAUAGAAUGAAUUUUUACCCUUUCAUCAUUGUAGAAUAUUGGUCCUCAAAGAAGGAAAGAGUAGGGUUAAACACACUCUUGAAAAUUAGAGUUUUUUAUUCUGUUGCCUCUGUGACCAGCUUUUUAAUCAAUGCAAAAUUAAAGGGUCACUCUACCUGCAUAAGUAUACCAAUUCUGACACUGUUCAUUCAAAAAUAAAUCAGCAGGUUAUUCAUAUAGGGCACUUUCCAUUUAAGAUGAGCUCCAGACAGAAGCUCCUGGGAGAGCUUCAAAGAAGCUUAUCUCUUGGGUGUGUUGCCUCUGGACCACAAGGCUUCAUAUUUGAAGUCUCUGGCUCUGGGCCUGGCAGGUAGGUCCAACGUUUACGUGG